AUGGCAAGCGAGAGCGCCGUUGGAGGCUGGACGCCUGGCGGAUCAUCACUGCGCCCUCUGCCGAAAACAAUAGCAUCUCCGGUAUCAACACAGGACACAGCGCCACCAUACUACGUCCCCGAAGCGGCCAACGAUCCCACAUCCAAUCGAUACCCGCGCACAUCGAUAGAUUCGGGCUCUAGUCCUGUGUUGUUGUGGGUGUACGCCAACGCAGAGGGCGAAUGA